GUAGCCUCUUGGGUUUGUUUUUACUCGGCUCGUUGACAAGGUUGAAAAGCAUAGUGAAUGAACAGGAGAACUUUAAACAAGACUAAGUGACAGGGUGCAGUGCACUUAAAGAUGCAGAGUGUGUGGGUGCAGGCAUUAACCCUGAGACAGCUGGGGAGGGUGAACUCCUUGCAAGUACUGGUGCCCAGUCACGGAGCCAGCCUGACCACAUGGUGCCCAAGAACAUUACAUGCACGUCAGCUAUGGGGUACCAUUGUUCCCCUGACACAGAAGACACAAGCGUUUAAUCCCAGGCUCUGGGAUUCUUCAAAGAACUGGCCUCUUCAGCAGACGCAAUUCAAAAGUACUAAAAAGAAUAGAAAGCAAAAGCCAAGCCAAGAGGAGGAGGAUGACGAUGAGGAGGAAGAUCCAGAGGCCAGUGACUAUGAAGAUGAGCUGCAGGAUGACCCGGGUCUACCCAAGGACUACAAAGACCGUGAAAAACAUGUUCAAUCCCUCCGUUUUGACCUUAUUCUGAAAGCUGGCUUGGACAUGGCUCACAACAAAGUGGAGGAUGCUUUUUACAACAACAAGCUGAGACUGAAUGGACAAAAACUUGUCAAGAAAAGCAAAAUGGUUAAAGUGGGAGAUACUUUGGACUUGAUCUUGGGUGAAGACAAUGCAAUGGGCACAGUAUUGAUGAAGAGAGUUGUCCUCAAAAAGAUAGUGGGUGAAACCAAUGAUUCAGAGAAGCAGAAAGUCAUACUUAGGAGCUGGAAAAACCUGCAGCUUCCCAAACAAGAUGCUUUGAAGCAGUGAAGCGUGCUUUGAAUUGACUGUAAUGAAUUUUUGGAAUUGACUAUAUUGACUUACCCAACUUGACUUUAAGGCAAUAAGAAGUGGUCCAUGGUUUUUUGUUUGUUUAUUUGUUUGUUUUUGUUUUGGUUUUUUUUUUCAACUCCUGGUACUAGCAGCAAAGGACUCAGUUUUGCUGGACAUUGGCCCGCACUCAGCAUAGUCGAAUAAUGAGCUCACAUCACCUUCAUACAUGUGUAAAAUACAAACAGUUUUAUGACUGUAAAUUUUCCACAGCCCAAGGAUUAUUUUGGUUCACAAUAAAGACAGAUGGAGAUGCA